AUGGCUGAGGAUGAAGCGUUGAGCUUUGAUCCAAUGAUGAAGAAAAAGAAGAAAAAAAAGAAAACUCCUUAUAUGGAGGGAGUUGAGCUCGAUGGAUCCCGUUCUGAUGCCCUGGCCACAGAUGGUGCCCCACCAGAGCAAACAACUGAUAAUGCAGAUGCUGAUGGCAUUGACACAUUAGCAGAUAAAAUUGACGAAGAUUUAUCACUGGAUUUCGCAAUGACUAAAAAGAAGAAGAAAAAGAAGAAAACUACUGACCCAGAUGAACAAUUAGAUUCAACACCUGACUUAGUCAACAAUGCUGACAGCAGUAAUGUUGAAAGCAUUGUUGUGGAUGAAGAAGAUUUGAAUCUUUCUUUGCCCAUGAAGAAGAAAAAGAAAAAGAAGAAGAUUAACAUAGAUGAACAGAUAGAAGAUGAAGAUGCUGAUGAUGAUGACGACGAAGAGAAUAUGGGAAAGAGCAAAUCUUGGUAUGGUUCUGAUCGAGAUUACACGUACGACGAGUUGCUCACCAGGGUUUUUGAUAUCAUGAGAGAAAAGAACCCAGACAUGGUUGCUGGUGAGAAAAAACGUUUCGUCAUGAGACCCCCACAAGUAUUAAGAGUGGGUACCAAAAAAACCUCAUUUGCAAAUUUCUCCGAAAUAUGCCGAUUAUUACACAGAGAACCAAAGCACGUGUUAGCUUUCUUACUUGCAGAGCUGGGUACGAGUGGCUCAAUCGAUGGUAACAACCAACUAAUCAUCAAAGGACGAUUUCAACAAAAACAAAUAGAAACUGUAGUUAGGAAAUAUAUUAAAGAAUAUGUUACGUGUCACACCUGUCGGUCACCUGACACACUCCUCCAGAAAGACACAAGACUUUUCUUCUUGCAGUGUGAGACGUGUGGUUCGCGACGUUCUGUGGCCAGCAUCAAAUCUGGCUUCCAUGAUAACGAGAGGUUGGUUGUCUAUCUGCCUUUCUUUCUUUUCUUUUCUUUUUCUUUCCCUUCCUUUCUUUUCUUUCUCUUUUUCUUUCCCUUCCUUUCUUCUUUCUUUUAA